AUGAUUUGUUGUAGAUCUAACCCAUAUCGUCUUCCUCCGAUUUGCUUCUCUCUUAUUGUUUCAUAUCUGACCCAACGUCGUCCUCAUCCUUACUCUUUACGAACAUAUCUGAGUCCCACUACCGUCACAAGGAUGGUGCAGUACAGCUACACCCAACCGUCGAGUAGUUCCCACAGGAGUGUGAGUUCAACUGCUCGGCGUCGAGCAGUUAGAAGUAAAGGAUUUCCCGACCUUUGUUACUGCGGUUUGGUCGGUUUUGAAAACAUCCACUACACCCGAUAA